AUGGCGACGGCAAGAAAAGGGAGAGAGCUUUUUACUAUUUUGGAAACUAGCGCGGACGCAGAAAGUGGCACGGUGUGCGACAGCCAAGGAUCUCCGCUCAAUCUGUCUGCCGAUCGUGUGAAGUGGUUUGAAAUUCCGUACAGAAAGUCAGACGAGGAAGACGACGGAGUGCGGGAGGAAAGGGGGAAGGUGGUGGUGGAGGACGGCGGCGGCGACGCGGAGAAUGGACUCCAUGACGAGGAGGAAUACGCGGAGGACUGUUAUUAUUCUACCUCCACUAACUGCUCCGACGCCACCUCAAACGAUUCGGAUAUUGAUUUCUCCGAUUUGGAAGAGGAUGAGCGCAGGAGUUUUUUCAGCUUCGGAGACGACCUGGAGGAGGACUGCACUUCACCAGACUUCUGGGGAGAGCCAGAUCAGGUGAUCGCUAUUGAACCUUUCUCCGCUGUCAGCGGCCCUCAGCACUCGCUGGGGGAUGAUGGUGACACCCGUGACUAUUUCCGGAUACUCUUCCCAGAUUCUCUUUUUGAACACAUGGUAGAACAAACAAACAGCUACGCCCUCUAUCGGCAGAGGAGGAGUGGGAAGUCAGACCCUCACUGGCACCCCACUGAUGUCAGGGAGAUGAAAGCUUAUGCGGGCCUCAACAUUCUCAUGGGCAUCAAUCAGCUCCCAGAUAUCGGCAUGUACUGGGCCAGUGACAUUUUCAUAGGCAACGCAGGUUUUAAAAAGACCAUGACUGCCAGGCGUUUUGAGAAACUUACCCAGUAUCUCCAGCUGUGUGACCGUGAGUCUGAGCCUGUGCGAGGGGAGCAUGGCUACGAUGCUCUCUUCAAAAUACGGCCUCUCCUUGAUGUGGUAGAAAACACAAUGUGGGAUGCAUACACGCCUAACCGCUGUCUGACCAUAGACAAGUGUGCCAUUGUCAUGAAGGGACUGUUCUCCUCCACCCAGUACAUGCCCUCCAAACCUCUCAGGAAAGGGCUGACAGUGUGGAUGCUGUGUGACUCACGCUCAGGCUACUGCCACAGGACCAAGAUCUAUGUUGGUAAACCCAGUGAGGAUGAGGCCGUGGCCUCCCUGGGCUACAGAGUGGUGACCUCUCUAGUGCGUGGCCUGGAGGGUCAGUACUGCCAUCUUUUCAUGGACAGCUUCUUCACCUCUGUACCCCUCCUCCAAAGGUUGCUUAGGGACGGACUGUACGCCUGCGGGCCUACGCAACCGGCCCGUAAAGGUUACCCAGAGGUCCUAAGGCCUCGUAAUGUUGGAAAGCUGGCCCAGGGGGAGUUUUACCAGUGCCAGCAUGGCAACUUGGUUGCCACAGUGACACGAGAUGUCAGGGUGGUUAACUGUCUUUCGACCAAUUCCGCUCCAGGGAUCGUAGGAAUUAGUCCAGAAAGGGAGCAGCAUGACAUGGAUGGGGAGGGGGAGAGCGACAGCAUGGACAGCACCAGUUUGUCUUUUGGUGUGCCCAGGCCUCUACCCUUGCUGCUGUACCAGGAGAACAUGAGGGGAGUGGACCUCUGUGAUCAGCUGAGGGAGUGCUAUCAGGUCGGCAGGCCAUGUAAGAAGUGGUGGCGCUACUUCCUGUGGUUUUAC